UUUAUGGGAUUUUUAGGGAUAAGGUACAAUGGAGGCCAAGAGCAUCAUAGAUUGAGUUAGAACUCAAACCUCUUAUGUGCACUUUAGAAAUAGACUUUAGGGGUCAACACAAACCUGAUGAGAGACACACACCCAUGCACAGGUGAAACACAUACUCACAAACUCAACCUGCAAUUAUGCACCUCUGCAGUACAUUUAAUCUGACACAGUCCCUGUCUUCCUUGAGGUCACAGCUCAGAGGUGCAUAGUGGCCUCAGGAAAAGAGUCCCAACCCUGAGGGACCCCAGAACAUUUUCAUGGUGGUCCAGUCCACCAACCUUAGACCUGGGGUGGCCCAAACGCCAUCCCAGCCCCAGAUGUCUUCUAGCACAAGAAACCCCAGGAGAAGAAGAGAUAGAUGGCUGGACACUGGUCAGUCAGAUGGUCCCAGACAGAUAUUGGAGGAGUCCUGCUGUCAUUAUGGAGAAAGGAAACAGACACAAUUUCUUCACUCUGUGACGGGGCACUACUGACUCUAGCAGGGAGGAGACCAGGGAACAGGGCAGACACCUGCCUCUCAGGCUGCCCCAAAACUUCUCUUGCUUGGCUUUACAAAUCGCUAUGAGCCAUCCUCUGAGGGAUAAACAGCAGGUGAUGCGGGGGAGGGGGUUGUAUUGCUCUCAGGGGAGGGUUUAAUAGGCUAGACAUAAAUCCUAACUUGUGCUAUUCUUUAUAAAAUGAUUUUAAAGGCCAGGGGCAUGUGUGGUGGGGGCCGGGAGGGGGGAGGGUCUUAAAUCAGACCACCUCAGCUGCUCUCUCCUGUCUCAUUCCUGUGUGGAGACCCAGGUUUUCAGCCCAGCAACCCAUGAGCAUCAAAAGGAUCGCAGCCCCCACUCUGAGCAGCCCCCAGGGAGGCUUGGGAGUUGCUCCUCAGAAACCCCCACAGGAGUCUCAAACUAAGCUCCACAGCAGAUGUUCUGGAUGGAGAACUUUCUCCACAAAAUGAUACCCAUGGGGGGCAUUUAGAUUGAAAGGCCGCAUCUGGGAGAGGAAGGUGCUUUUCCCUGAGCUCCCCAGAGGGCAGUCAGCAUGUCCAUCAGAGACCCUUUCGGAGCUGCUGGCUGCCUCCACUUCCUGACCCCUCCUAGACCCCAAAGUCUCCGUCUGCGCUCCCUCCCCUUCUCCAUCCUGUAGUGGCGCUUGCUGCAGCCCUCCCUGGUUGCUUUAUUUAUUUAUUUUGCACCAACAGGGUUGCUGCAGACUCAUUCUCGCCUGGUUUAAAAAGAGAGAGAGGAAAAAAAAAAAAAAGGAGAAAUGCUUUCUGGCUCUUUUCUCUACCUCGGUCUUGGCAGCAGCGGCCACAGCAGCAACAGCAGCCCCAGCGGGCAGGCGGGCGGGAGGGCGGCGGGGCAGCGGGCAGUGAGGGGAGUGAGGCCCGGCGGCCCGGGGAGCAGCUUGAAUGGGACGGCCCCCAGCCCUGGACAGAGGCAGUGUCCAACUUGAUGCCGCCCUCCAGCUUCUCCGGCAUUCAGGGAGAUUGGGUCUUGCUAAUUCAAGGCCCCAGGCUCUGGGCCAGGCUCCAGAAGGGCAGAGGGGCAGUAGGUGGAGUCCAGGGGCACAGAGCUGAGCAUACUUCCCAGCCCUGGAGGACUUCGUCAAGGACUGAAGAGGGGAAGGCUAUGGGUCCAGCUCCAAAGCAAGCCUGGCCCCCAUGGCCCCCUCUCCUGUUCCUGCUCCUCCUGUCUGGAGGCAGUUGUGGUGGGUGCCCUGCCGUGUGUGACUGUGCCUCCCAGCCCCGGGCAGUGCUCUGCCCCCUUCGGCGACUGGAGGCUGUGCCUGGGGGACUCCCGGCGGACACUGAGCUCCUGGACCUGAGUGGAAAUCGCCUGUGGGGGCUUCAGCGCGGAAUGCUCUCCCGCCUGGGCCUGCUCCAGGAACUGGACCUCAGCUACAACCAGCUGUCCACCCUUGAGCCUGGGGCCUUCUAUGGCCUCCAAAGCCUCCUGACCCUGAGGCUGCAGGGCAACCGGCUGCGAAUCAUGGGGCCUGGGGUCUUUUCAGGCCUGUCUGCCCUCACGCUGCUCGACCUCCGCCUCAACCACAUUGUCCUCUUCCUUGACGGAGCCUUUGGGGAGCUGGGCAGCCUCCGGCAGCUGGAGGUGGGGGACAACCACCUGGUGUUCGUGGCUCCAGGGGCGUUGGCAGGGCUGGCCCAGCUGAGCACCCUCACCCUGGAACGCUGCAACCUCAGCACAGUGCCUGGCCUGGCCCUGGCCCGCCUCCCAGCACUAGUGGCCCUGAGGCUUCGAGAACUGGAUAUUGGGAGGCUGCCAGCUGGGGCACUACGGGGGCUGGGGCAGCUAAAGGAGCUGGAGAUCCACUCCUGGCCAUCUCUGGGGGCUCUGGAGCCUGGGAGCCUGGCUGGGCUCAAUCUUAGCAACCUGGCCAUCACCCGCUGCAAUCUGAGCGCAGUACCCUGCCAAGCGCUCCGCCACCUGAGCUUCCUCAGGGUCCUGGAUCUGUCUCAGAACCCCAUCUCAGCCAUCCCCGCCCGAAGCCUCAGUCCCCUGGUGCGGCUGCAGGAGCUCCGGCUGGCAGGAGCGUGCCUCACCUCCAUCGCUGCCCACGCCUUCCAAGGCCUGACCGCUUUCCACCUCCUGGACGUGGCAGAUAAUGCCCUUCAGACGCUGGAGGAAACGGCCUUCCCUUCCCCAGACCAACUAGUCACCCUGCGGCUGUCGGGUAACCCCCUGGCAUGUGACUGCCGCCUCCUCUGGCUGCUCCGGCUGCGCAGGCGCCUGGACUUCGGCGUGGCACCCCCUGCCUGUGCCAGCCCCCGGCACAUGCAGGGCAAGAGCCUGAGGGAGUUCUCAGACAUCCUGCCUCCAGGGCACUUCACUUGCCAACCAGCCCUGAUCCGAAAGUCUGGGCCGCGAUGGGUCAUCGCAGAGGAGGGGGGGCAGGCUGUUUUCUCCUGCUCUGGAGACGGAGACCCAGCGCCCACGGUCUCUUGGAGGAGGCCUCAGGGCCCUUGGCUGGGAAGGGCUGGGCGAGUGAGGGUCCUGGAGGAUGGGACGCUGGAGAUCCGCUCGGUGCAGCUGCAGGACAGAGGGGCCUAUGUCUGCAUGGUCAGCAAUGUUGCCGGGAAUGACUCCCUGAGGACCUGGCUCGAAGUACUCCAAGUUGAACCACCAAAUGGCACUCUCUCUGACCCUAACAUCACCACGCCAGGGAUCCCAAGGCCCUUCUUCCUGGAUAGCAGAGGCGUAGCUAUGGUGCUAGCAGUUGGCUUCCUCCCCUUCCUCACCUCGGUGACCCUCUGCUUUGGCCUCAUUGCCCUCUGGAGCAAGGGCAAAGGCCGGGUCAAACAUCACAUGACCUUUGACUUUGUGGCACCUCGGCCCUCAGGGGAUAAGAACUCCGGGGGUAACCGGGUCACCGCCAAGCUCUUCUGACCUUUACUUCCACAUCGGAGCUCCAGCCAAGACAGCUUCGGAUACCAAAAGGGAAGAAAACCAAGGUUGCUUGAACCAGAACCUAGGCCCACCCCCACCUGCAUUGUGCCAACAGCUAAUGAUGCUUCUCAAGAAGGUCUGCCUCACCCCUCCUUUUGCAGUUUGAGGAUGGGAGCAGAAGCUGUAGACCUGUAGUCAGUCUAGCCCUCCCCGCACCCCCCUCCACCAAGCAGGAAACAUCCCCAAGGCUCCAGUCUACUCGUUCACACACACUGACACCCUUUAACAACCAGUACCAAUUGCCAACCACAGCUACGAGAUUAUUGCAGAGGUGAGGCUGAGAAGCGCCGCUUGCUUCUCAACCAUGCAGUCUACCUCUCUUUUCUGGUCUGUAUCCUCCCCAGGAGCAAGGAACUAGGGCCAAGGAUCUCAGGCUCAGAAGAUGUGAGUGUACAAUGCAGGGGGGCGGGGGGGGGGGGCAGACUGCACACUGGCUGUGUCUGCAUGAGGCCUCCAGCACCUGCCCCAUCUGUCACAUCAUUAAACUUGCUGCCAAAAGGCCAUGACAGCAGCAGUCUAAACUAAUGUGA